CUGCCGGACCAUAGAGAACAAUAGGAAACCUGCUGCUUGCCGCUGGCUAAUGUGAUCCCUGCCUAAGACCAAGCUUUAUGGUAAAUGAUGAUUAGCCAUCAUUACCUGUUUGGCCCAAAUGGGUUUGGCAGCAAUUAGAUUAUCUUUUUUAUUCAAACACCUUCUGAUUUACUCUGCUGAAGAAGGUCUGCUGACCGAAAGCUUGCACAGAUUUGAGUAAAAACUUUUUUGCACAGACUAGAGUGUGUGGAUUUUUCUUCUAUCCUUUUUUUCUUCUAUCCAUUCAAAUAUCUUCUGAAAUAUGAUCUCACUUUCUACCACUGAUUUUUAAAAUCUAAAAUCGAUCUAUGGAUUACUAUCCGUCAAUACUGUGAUAACUGGGCAAAAUCUGUGGAAUGUGGAAAAACAGAAAAUCAAGAUAUAUAAUCUUUCAUAUCAAGGCGUACUGUAGAUAUAUGCCACUUGAUGGAAUAAAUCAUGAUAAUGUCCCUAGUAGGUGUGCUAAAUUUCAGAACUUGUUUUAUAGGCAUUAUAGACUCCAAUGACAGAAGAGGAAGGAAAAUAAUAAUCCUAAUAUAUGAAAAGUAAGAAACACAAUGGGUUCCUACUCAGCUUGGCUGUUUAGCCCACAAUAUAUGCAAAUGUAGGCAGUCACAAUUAGGUGUGUAGGCAGCAUCACUGCUUGUCCCUUAAUAUUGUUGUCCCCAACUUGUCCCCAAUACAAUUCUUUGCUAAGCAGGUUCACUGCUUGGCCCCCAAUAAUAUGCAUUGAAACACAGUGUCCCUAACUAGCUUUGCUUCAUGGUCCCUAAAUAGAGAAGGUAGAGACACAAUAAUUAUCUAGCCUACGUAGGUCUUGGUGGCAACUUUGACCAAGUUAUUACAAUAUUGGAAAAGUAUUACAUGAUUGGGUUCUGAAAAAAUAAAGUUAAACCCAAUAAUGUAAAAAACUCCUAUGAAUGUAAUAAGACAUUGUAAUACAUUAUUGGGAUAUUAUUGCAUUAUCAGGUGUUAUUACAUUUUUGAUGGAGUUAGGAGACUUCUAUUACAUCUUUUGUCUUGUGUGUCAUUUAUUAUUUUGAAAAUUUGUUUGUCAUGUCUUGGUGUCACGGGUAGGCCCCCGACUGGCAUCUUUUGUCCUGUGUGUCAAUGUCUUGUAUGUGGAGCGCUUUGGGUUGCACUCUGCAUACAAAAAUGUGCUAUAUAGGCCCUAAAUAAAAGUGACUUGACUUGAAAUCAUUGGGAGUUAGGUCUAUUACAUUAUUGGGAAGUUAUUACAUCAUUGGGUUCUAGGCUUUGGAAAAGGUCAGAAAAGCUCUAAAUGUUUGUGCACUGUAAGACUACUUCUUUAACAGUAUUCUGAAAUUAGGCUAUGUGCCUUUGUGGUAAAACUCAGCCCCUCGCCUAGUGGUGGCAGGCAGGAGGCCCUCACAACAGUAGCCUAACCAGCAUUAUUAUUUGGGGGGGGUCCAACCAAGUGUAUUUUUUCAUAGCCCCCAACAUUUCUAUAUGUUUCACUGGCUGGCCAUGUGUAACCUUCUGACAUGUUGCCUAGUUUAUGUGUAAACGGCAUUUUACGUGUUAGAGUGUAUUAUUUCAUGAGCUCCAAUGGCAUUGCCUGCAAUAUUAGAACUAUAAGUUACACUACUGUGUGCAACUAGCCAGCCUCUUAUGACUGCAUUUUCCAGUCUAUUCUAACCCUGGCAGACUGUUCUUCUGUUUCCUUACAACCAAACCUCUGGAAAACCCCAGAAGGCGGGUUUCUGAAAAUUGACAUGGACAUUGGCCAUCCCACAUCUAUAACGCCUUUUGAUUUGCCAAUGAUGAAGCACGUAGUAUCCGCAAAUGUCAGUGUAGCAUGGCGUCGUAACUCUCCUUGUAAAUAAACUGAAAUUGGUUCUAAAUUAUUUAACACCUUGCUGUCUUGUAUUCACUUGUCGACCGUCAGUAGAAUGGCCAUGUAACUAGCCUUGGACAGUCAACAAGCUGUCGUCGAAGUGCAUAUUAAAGAACUUAAGAAAAUAAACAGUACAAUUUUGGUCUAAAUUCGACUGCAUGGGCUACGGAUACAGCUGUCUGUUGGCGAGCUAGCCAGCCAGCCAGCCAGUCGAGUACCAGUCGAGCUUUGAAGCAGUGAGUGAAACGACCAAGGCUGGCUUGUGGAUUUGACAGAAGCGAGUCCACAGUGGAACACUUUUGGUAACGUUAGCGUCUCCUGUGAGAUGUCAUCUGAAAUAAGCAGGUCCUGAUCGGUGGGCUCCUGCGAUUUCCCCCUGUAGACAUGCGAGCGUCCAGGUGAAGGGUCAUGACUGGAGUCCUUGGCACAGAUCCUGUGACUGCCCCACUGGUGUAGCCCCCAACCUCCUCGUGUUUGUGUCUGUCUCGCCCUCACCCCUCGCUCCCUGUGCUAUGCCCCAGCCACCCCGCCCUCAGCCAUGAGUUCGGCCCUGUGGAGCCAGGAGAAGCCCGGGGGCGGCAGCGGCGGGGGCUGCUUCCGGGAGGACUGGCGCUUCUACAUGGUGGUGACGGAGUGCGUGGUGGAGAAGCCGCCGCAGAAGACGCUGCGCAUCCCCCGCGGCAGCCUGGGCCAGGCCUGCCAGGAGCGCAACAGCCUGGGCCGCACGCUGCCGCCGGCCAAGGGCAAGCGGAGCCUGCGGCUGCUGGACCAGGCCAACGUGGUGCUGAGCCUGGACGAGCGUGACGUGGCCGAGCUGGACGAGAAGCUGGCCGAGCUGCUCUUCCCCAUCACCAACUGCGAGGAGCGCUACAGCCUGCUGUGCAACGAGCCGCGGCUGGAGCGCGCCCGUCAGAUCGACUGUGGCUCCAAGGUGCGCGUGCAGCUGCGUUCAGGCGAUGACCCUCUGCCCGGCGUGGUGCGCUUCAAGGGGUCACUGCUCCCGGACCGGGCCCUCUCCGGCAUCUGGUUCGGUGUUGAGCUACUGGAGGAGGGCCGAGGCCAGGGCUUCACGGAGGGCUCGUACCAGGGCCAGCAGCUGUUCCGCUGCGAGGACGAGUGUGGCGUGUUCGUGGCCGUGGACAAGCUGGAGCUGUGGGAGGACGAGGACGACGAGCUGGGCGAGCUGGAGGUGGACUCGGUCACGCUGGUCGACAGCGAGCACGACUUCCCGCCGCUGGAGAUCAACUCGCGCGUGCUGGUGCAGACCCGCGAGGGGCCCGAGCGCGGCACCAUCAUCUUCUACGACCUGUUGCCCGGCAACGAGAGCCUGGGCUUCUACGUAGGGGUGGACAUGGACAAUCCCAUUGGGGACUGGGACGGCGUUUUUGACGGGAAGCUGCUGUGUAGCUUUGCCAGCCUCGAGCACACCCGCCUCGUGCCCGUCUGUGACGUGAUGCCAGAGUACUCCAUGCAGGACCAGAGGCCCCCCAAGCACAGCUUUGCCUCUAGAGGCAGCAGCAGUGACAAGUCCUCUGGCCAGAGCAAACCAAAGAGCAAAGGAUUAGGUCUUCAGUGUGGGAGUAGGAGCAAGUCUGAGUUUUAUUACACUUUAAAUGGCAGUUCUAUUGAUCACCCAGCCCAGUCCAAAUCCAAAAGCACAUGGUACAUUGAUGAAGUGGGAGAGGACCCUGCCAAGUCCCUCACGGACACUCCCCCCGACUUCAAUCAGGCGUCUCCGCCGUCCCGCGCCGUCCCGCCCUCCACCUCGCUGACCAGCGACCAGAAGUUCCACUCGCUGCCCUUCAGCCUGAGCCGCAAGAGCGGCCCCAACGGCAGCAUGAGCCAGGGCCCUCUCUCGCUGUCCGUGCAGUCGGUCAGGGCCGACCAGCCCGACCUGCAGCAGGGCCAGCAGCAGCAGGGCCAGCAGCAGCAGGACCAGCAGCGUUUGAGCCUGACGCAACCCCAUUUCCCCCAGAUGCUGCCGCUUGGCUGGCCAGCAGGGCCAGCAGCAGCAGGGCCAGCAGCAGCAGGGCCAGCAGCAGAGGAGGAGUGUGUGGGCUGCACGGACGGCACGUUCAAGGGCACCCGCUACUUCACCUGCCCGCCCAAGAAGGCCCUGUUCGUCAAGCUCAAGUGCUGCCGGCCCGACUCACGCUUCCCCUCGCUGCACCACUCCGCCAACCCCAUCGAACGCUGCAACUCCAUCGCCUUUGGAGGGUACCUGAGCGAGGUGGUGCAUGAGAACACCCCUCCGCGCACAGAGAACGACGGGCUGGAGGUGAUGGUGGGCAAGAAGAAAGGCAUCCAAGGCCACUACAACUCCUGCUACCUGGACUCCACCCUCUUCUGUCUGUUUUCUUUCAGCUCUGUUUUGGAUACAGUACUGCUGAGGCCUCGGGCCAAAACUGAUGUUGAGUAUUACAAGGAGACACAGGAGCUGCUGCGCACAGAGAUCGUCAACCCGCUACGCAUACACGGCUAUGUGUGUGCAACUAAAAUAAUGAAGCUAAGAAGAAUCCUGGAGAAGGUGGAGGCAGCCUCUGGCUUCACCUCGGAAGAGAAAGAUCCUGAGGAAUUCCUGAACAUCCUGUUCCAUCACAUCCUGAGAGUAGACCCUUUGCUGAAGCUGCGGUCAGCCGGGCAAAAGGUCCAGGACUGCUACUUCUACCAGAUCUUCAUGGACAAGAAGGAUAAAGUGUUAGUGCCCACAAGCCAGCAGCUUUUAGAGUGGUCCUUCAUCAACAGCGAUCUCAAAUUCGCUGAGGCUCCCUCCUGCCUUAUAAUACAGAUGCCUCGCUUUGGGAAGGACUUCAAAAUGUUCAACAAGAUCUUCCCCUCUCUCGAGCUCGACAUCACAGACUUACUUGAAGACACUCCUAGGGAGUGCCGCAUCUGUGGGGGUCUGGCCCUAUACGAGUGCAGAGACUGUUACGAGGACGGUGACAUCACAGCUGGGAAAAUCAAGCAGUUCUGUGAAAAGUGCAAUACCCAGGUCCACCUCCACCCACGGCGGAAGUCCCACCGGCACGGGAAGCUGUCCGUGCCCAAGGAACUGCAGGAGAGCGUGUGGCGUCAGGGCAGCUUCCCCCACCAGCGGAUGGAGCUGUUCGCCGUGCUCUGCAUCGAGACCAGCCACUACGUGGCGUUCGUCAAGUACGGCGCCGCCGACUCCGCCUGGCUCUUCUUCGACAGCAUGGCCGACCGGGAUGGGGGCCAGAACGGAUUUAACAUCCCCCAGGUGUCGCCGUGUCCGGAGGUGGGGGCGUACCUGAAGAUGACCCCCGAGGAGCUGCAUGCACUGGACCCCAAGAACAUCCAGGGCUACGCCCGCCGCCUGCUGUGUGACGCCUACAUGUGCAUGUACCAGAGUCCCACCAUGAGCCUGUACAAAUGAAGAUAUCCCACAUGUGUACACACACACACACACACACAAACCCACUGACACAAACCAAACUGAGGAAAAAGGAUGGGGGGGGGGGGUUGAACAUGGAGUGUUGCCCAUGAAACUGACAUUUCCCCCUCCCUCUGCCUCCUCCUCUCCUCCCCCCUCCCCAAAAAAUAAAAGAGAUACUCCUCCCAUCAAUGCCUUGCCUGCAUCGCUGUCUGUGUGAAGAUGAAGAUGAGAUAGAUGGAGAGGGUGCGGAGGGGUAAGAGGAAGAAGAGGAUGAUGUCGACUACGAUGAAGAGGAGGAAGAGGAGGAAGAAGAAGAAGCCUAUUUGCACUGUGUUUUGUUGAAGUGUUCUUCUCUUCGUGUUUUCCCUCCCAUGAGUAAACACAAGUCACCCCAGUGGACAGACAAUUUCUCCAGUGCCGGAAGGGUGCAGGGCUGAGUGCUCAUCCUCAGAGAAGUGUGUGUGUGUGUGUG